AAUUUCGUCACUGUGCUAAACAACUGGAUAACAGUCGUUUUGGAUAGCCCCUUUCUUUCAAUCUUUCAAUCUUUCAAUUCAGUUAUGCUCUUUGAAGGCUGCUGACAAUGGCUUCUUCAAUUACCUCUUCCUUUCAAACCAGCAAUCUGAGAUCUGUAUUUUUGGGCGACAGAAAUGGGGUGUUUUUACCUAUUGUUCCACAAACUCGAAUUGGGUUUGCAAGGAAGACUAUAGAAUGUAAGGAGUCACGAAUAGGUAAGCAACCAAUUGAAGUGCCUUCUAAUGUAACAAUCACAUUGAGUGGCCAAGAUUUAAAAGUGAAGGGCCCUUUGGGGGAACUUUCAAGAAGCUAUCCUCGAGAAGUCAAAAUUGAAAAGGAGGAAAAUGUGCUUCGAGUUAGAAAGGCAUUGGAAACGAGAAGGGCCAACCAAAUGCAUGGACUUUUCAGGACGCUUACAGACAACAUGGUGGUGGGUGUGUCUAAGGGAUUUGAGAAGAGACUUCAAUUAGUUGGUGUUGGUUAUCGUGCAACGGUAGAAGGAAAAGACUUAGUACUAAGUCUGGGAUUCUCUCAUCCAGUUCGAAUGGCAAUACCUGAUGACCUAAAAGUGAAAGUGGAAGAGAACACUAGGAUCAUUAUUAGCGGCUACGACAAGUGCAACAUCGGUCAGUUUGCUGCUUCCGUUAGAAAAUGGAGGCCUCCUGAACCGUAUAAGGGUAAAGGUGUGAGGUAUGCUAAUGAAGUUAUAAGAUUAAAGGAAGGAAAAGCAGGGAAGAAGAAGUAAUUGAUGUAUUUAUUCCUUUUAUUCAGUUUUCCCUUAGAUGCACAUGUUUAUAUGCACCCUCAGGGUAUGGAAUGUAUUUCAGCGACUCAUUAAAUUGACAAGCAUUUUGUUUCUAA